AUGGCUGGGAUAGCUCCGGUCAAUGAUAAUCUGCUUUUCUGGUUCGUAAAUCACCAAUACAAUUAUCAGGAUUCAAAGAUGCUUGAAGAUCCAAAGAAGAUCAAACAAAUGGUUCUAGAGACCAUCAAGGGUUACCCUCAAAAAACGACAGAUGUGAUACAAAACUGUGACAUUUCUUCCCUAUCAUUCAACCGUUUGAGAUAUCGUGCCCCAUGGGACAUAUUACUAGGCCAGUAUCGGAGAGGAACUGUGACGGUGGCCGGAGAUUCGAUGCAUGCAAUGACUCCGUUCGUCGGCCAGGGUGGGUCCGCCAGCAUAGAAGAUGCAGUUGUGUUGGCUAGAUGCAUGGCAAGAAAAUUUCCAGCCAAUUAUAAUAAUGAUCAUAAAGAUUUCAAAAGUAAGAAGAUGAUUGAAGAAGCAAUUGAUGAAUAUGUGAAUGAGAGGAGAAUCAGACUGGUUAAAUUGGCUUUACAAUCUUAUCUUCUGGGUACAUUAGUGGAUACCCCUUAUAUGCUUGUGAAGUUGAUAAUGUUGGUGCUUUUGAGUGCCUUUUUUAGGGAUAGGUAUGCUCAUGUUCGGUAUAAUUGUGGUAAUCUCUGA